UCGGGCUUCCUUUCCACCCUCAAGAGCCUUCCGACCGCCUAUAACAAGGACCUCCAGGAGUCAGUCGAGCCCCUCCUCGAUUGCGUCAAGACGGUUUCGCACUGCCUGCGGAUCGCCGCCGGCGUCCUGAGCACGCUGCAGAUCGACUCCGCCAAGAUGAAGGCCGCCCUAACUGCCGAUAUACUUACUACUGACGUCGCCGACUAUCUAGUUAUAAAAGGCAUGUCCUUUUGCUAUAUAUACUAUAUCGCCGGCGCUAUUAUCUACAAGGCAGAGGAGAAGGGCAUCUCUAUCACCGAACUGGACCUGCUGGAGCUUAAGCAGAUCUCGCCCCAAUUCGAGGCUGAUAUUAUUGACAUCUUUAACUUCGAGAGGAGCGUCGAGAGGAGGUCUGCUCAGGGGGGCACGAGCCGGAGCUCAGUGCUAGGAUAA